AUGGACGAGACUCAACCGCUGCUUCCCGAGUCCCACCAGGUCCCUAUUCCUGAACAGGACCAGAUCGCAGACAAGGACACUGUCACCUUCGACCCUAGGGGCGAUGCGGAGAACCCCCUCGAUUGGCCAGCAGCCUACAAAUGGAGUAUCGUUGGCCUCCUGGCCUUCAUGGCCUUUACUGUAACUUUCACAUGCAUAUCGGUGGUCCCAGUCGCAAAUCGGAUCGUGUCUGAUCUUGACAAUGGGCGUUCAAGUAAAUCAGCAAGUGUCUUGCUGGUGACCAUCUGGGAACUCGGCGAGGCUGCCGGCCCGCUGCUUAUUGCGCCUCUCUCUGAGAUGUAUGGCCGCUACCCAGUAAUCAAUGUGUGCAACAUUGGGUUUAUCCUGACGACGGUCCUAGCUGCACUAUGCCAGAACUCGGCAUUGUUCAUUGUCGCCAGGGCGCUUACCGGUGUGGCUGUCGCUUCCAACGUCCUGAACCCUGCCAUUGUGGGUGAUAUGUUCCCACCAGAGCAGAGAGGCUCAGCGAUGAGUCUCAUCGUUCUAGCCCCCUUAACUGGCGGCGCAGUUGGGCCUUUGAUCAGUGUUGCUGUUGCUGAGGGCCUCGGAUGGAGAGCCGUCAUGUGGAUGUGUGUAAUACUGGCCGGGACAGCAGAGGUACUCUUUUUCACCUGCUUCCGGGAAACUUACAAAGUACCCAUCUUAAAACGCAAAGCAGCUAGAUUACGAGAGGAGACUGGUAACCUCUCGUUAAGAACGGCUUUCGACGAGGGCGCACAGAGCGCAUCGAAGUUAAAAGAUGCUGUUAUGCGGCCCGUGAUCGUAUUCGCUGGUUCAGGUGUCUUGCAAAUCAUCUCACUGUUCAGUGCAGUGGUUUUCACAUUUUACUAUGUAAUGUCAACCUCCCUCCCAGACAUUACUGGUGACGUUUAUGGUCUUGAGCCAACCAUUACCGGGGCUGUAUAUAUCAGCUUUAGUCUUGGUGCUGGACUCAGUGUCAUCGUCUGCAACACCACGAUGGACAAAGUUUAUAUCAAACUGCGAGACCUCCACAAGGGAAUCGGAAGACCAGAAUAUCGUCUCCCCUUCGUCAUUUUCGGUGCUUUUACGCUGCCCUUCGCAAUCGCCUUCUUUGGCUGGGUACCCGCGUUGCACCUUCCUGUGGCGACUCUGAUAUUGGCAAUUGUAAUUAUAGGAACAUCCGCCCUUACAGCUCUUAUUGUCACUCGGUGUCUCAUGGGGACGUUCUUACCGCUCGCUGUGAGCCCCUUGGUUGACAGGUUUGGAUAUGGUUGGGCUUUCACGAUACUUGGAGCAAUGAUGAUGUGCCUUGGGCCGAUUCCAGUCUUCGUAUUUAGGUAUGGGCAUAAGUGGCGCCAAUGGUCGAAGUACUCCAAGGAUGAGGAGCACUAA